CGGUGGCGGCGGGGCGGGACCGGGGGCGGCCCCGGGUACGGUGCUCCCGGAGCGGCGGCGGGAGCGGCRGAGCGGAGAUGCCGUACCUGCUCAUCAGCACCCAAAUCCGCCUGGAGGCUGGGCCAACCAUGGUGGGYGACGAGCACUCGGAUCCCCACCUGAUGAGCAUCCUGGGGGCCACCAAGAGGAGCACGCUGGGGAACAACUUCUGUGAGUACUACGUGAAUGAAGCUCCACGUGUGGUCCUGGACAAGCUGGAGAGCCUCGGCUACCGUGUGGUCAGCAUGACUGGCGUGGGCCARACCCUGGUCUGGUGCCUCCACAGGGAAUAGCCAUGAAGAGCCCUGCCUUCCAUGUGGACAAUAUCCUGCUGGAGAUCAUCUUACAGGACUGGCAGCAAAUGUUCCCCCUUUAAUUCCUUCCUGUCCCAGACUCCAGGCACUCGGGCAGGGGGAGGAAGGGUGCAGAGGCAGAGCUGGACCCGGUGGAAUUUUGCCAUCCCUGUCAUUUCCCAGGAGCAGGAGAGGGAGGUGUGCCCAGAACCAGGCAGAGGGAACAGAUGGCUCCAGCRGGAUGGCAGUCUGGCAAAUUCCAGCUUUCUACAUUUCAAUCAUGUAUUCAGCAUGCCCUGGAGGAAGCUCAAUAACAGACCUGUCUGCCUCYUCCUCAGGCUGCCCAGGAAAGUUCCAUGCCCUCUCCUGGGCCAGSGGGGCUAGGGAGGGACACCAAGCAUGGACACCAACCCAUCUCAUCCCUGAAAUCCAAGGGGGAACCACUAAASCUACCCCCAGUGCUCUGAGAACCCUUCCCUGGACAGCAAGGCCYGUUCCCAUCGCAGCAGCACCACCAGGCUUCCCGACCCCAGACUGCCAUCCCAGCCUCACAGGGGGUUCCCAAAAUAACACAGAAAGGUUGUGGGACUAUUCCAGGUGCAGGCUGCAAUCCCAACACUGCUGCAAUGUUUGGCACUGYGCAUGGCUCCUGCUGUGGGGGUAAACAUGAAUAAAACAUUGCUCCAAAGAGACCAAUGUCCUUCUGGGG